AUGCGCGUACUGUGCGUAGCUGAAAAACCAUCCAUUGCCAAGUCCAUUGCGCAGAUUUUAUCUGGCGGCGCAUUUGCAAAUCGAGAAGGACGCGAUAAAUAUUGCAGGAACUAUGACUUUCCCUACCGCUUACCCCGCGCAGUCCUCGGUGGUGCCGGUGCACGCAAUGCGCAGAUCGAUGUAGAAAUGACAUUUACAUCUGUGCGUGGGCACAUGAUGGAGCUCGAAUUCCCGGACGAGUACAAGUGGGGCAAAUGCGAGCCCUCUGCCCUGUUUACCGCGCCCACAUUCCUACGAAUCACCAAGGAUGCACAGAAACUUGCGCAGAAUUUGACGCGCGAAGCGCAGCGAGCCGACAUGCUUAUGAUAUGGACAGAUUGUGAUCGGGAAGGCGAGCAAAUCGGUCACGAAAUUGUACAGCAUUGCCGCGCCGCGCGGCCUGCACUUCGCGUUCAACGCGCGCGAUUUAGUGCUCUGAUACCCGGCCAAAUCCAGCACGCGGUGCGUACGCCCGUGGAACUGGACAUGAACGCCGCGUACGCCGUCGAGGCGCGGCAGCAGAUUGACUUGCGCGCAGGCGCUGCCUUUACGCGCCUGCAAACCAACGCGCUUGGUCGAACGUUGACGGCGUUGGACGGCAUGUUGAUCAGCUACGGCCCGUGCCAGUUUCCCACGCUUGGGUUUGUCGUAGAUCACUACAAACGAGUGCAGGCUUUUCUGCCUGAGCCAUUCUGGUACAUUGAUAUCCAGUACCGUGUGCCGCAAUUCGGCAACGUCGCGUUUCACUGGGCGCGCAAGCACCUGUUUGAGGAGCGGAUUGUACAAACGCUGCACAAGCGCUGUCGUGAUGCGGGAGCUGCUACUGUGACAAAAACAACGGAACGUCCGGUGACCAAGCGCAAGCCCACGCCGCUGACCACGGUCGAGCUGCAAAAGAGCGGGUCGCGACUUUUUGGCAUGGCGCCGAAGCGCGUGCUGGAUGUAGCAGAAGCGCUUUACCAGCGUGGACUUUUGUCUUAUCCACGCACAGAAACAGACCAGUACGAUAAGCAGUUUGAUUUCGCCGCUCUGCUCCAGAAGCAGGCCAGCGAUACUGCGUGGGGCGCGCUGGCCUUGCAGCUACUUGACUCGAUGCAAGGCACACCAACCGAAAAAGUGCGCUUCCAAACUCCCCGCAACGGAGGCAAAAACGACAAGGCGCACCCCCCCAUCCAUCCCACUAUGCAUGCCAACGGGCUCCAAGGCGACGAAAAGAAGGUGUACGACUACGUAACACGCCGGUUUCUCGGUUCCUGUGCGACCGACGCGGAAGGCGUAGAGUCUGCCGUGGACAUUACACUGGGCGACGAGCAGUUCCAUGCAUCGGGCACGAUUGUCAAGGCGCUCAACUACCUGUACAUAUUCACGUACGAAUCCUGGAAAGACAAGGCGAUGCCAGACUUUGCACAGGGCCAGCAGUUUAGGCCGACGGUGUGCGAGAUGAAAAAAGGCACGACGACGCGGCCGCAGCUCUUGACCGAAGCGGACUUGGUCAGUCUCAUGGACAAGAAUGGGAUCGGCACAGACGCGACGAUAGCAGAGCAUAUACGCAAGGUGAUCGACCGCCAGUAUGUCAUGCGGCAAAAGCAGGGCAAGGUUCACUAUUUAAUUCCGUCGACAUUGGGAAUGGGUCUCGUCGAAGGGUAUGGGAAAAUGGACGCUAGCAAGCACCUUUGUCAGCCGAUGCUGCGGCGCGCGACAGAAGAAAAGCUGGACCUUGUUGCCUCUGCCGCACUUACUCGCGACGCCACUGUGCAAGAGAGCAUGAGCGAGUACAAGUCCAUUUUCAUGUCCAUCAAAGACAAUUUUUCAACCAUCUGCCAAAGUGUCAGUGGCUUUUUAGACGGCACAAGAGAGAGCGCUGCGAUACCCGGCGCGCUGGAGCAAGGCGCAGAGUGCAGAGUGCCCACGCCUGCCAUACAGCACAGCAGGCCCAGCGCGCAAGCACGCCCCUACUGGGCGUGCGCAAAUGAGACGGACGGAUGUGCCAAGAAGCUCCAAGCGCGCACGGGAGACAAUGCGGGCCGUUAUUUCUACUGCUGCCCCAAAGAAAGCCAGCGCGCAAAUAUGGCUGCGCGUGCAGAAAACAACUACCCUGCUAUUGAUUCGCUCGAAUAUAAUCAUGAGUACUCAAGUAUACCUUCGUCGAACUUGGACGACUUGCACCAUUUCAUCGCACAGCGCUCGGGUCUCCCGAAAGAGCUCCAGAACGAGAAGUCGAGCAUGAACAUGCUUGGGCAUGAGCAUCUUGGGGCUGAGAGUGGUAUGCAUGUUAAUAUGCAAGGAGAAGUAAUGCACAACCACGGCAUGCGCCCCGACAGUUAUCCGAUCAACCAGCUAGAAAUGAUGCUGGGCGCUUCGUACAACGAGCAAGGUGUCGCGGACGCAAACCCUCUUUACUCCCACAUGCACGUAUCGCGCUCUUCUCAUCCCCAAUUUAUGGGCCAUGCGGAGAAACACGCCUCGUCGCACCCUCAGCCGAUGAAUAUGUUUCACGGUGUCAACGAACCAAAGGCAUAUGCACCGCCUCUGGAUACUACCGCCAUCACGCCUGCCAGUGUGUUCUCUACCAUAAGCAGUACAAGCACCAACGACUUUUUGUCGCCGCUCACGUCGCCGGCAUUGCAGCCGCAGACUUCGGGACACGGCAACGUAUACGGCAUGCAUGAGUCCGACCAAUUGCUCCUCCAGCAGGACCUAAUUUCGAGCAUCUCUGGAGCCCCGCCAAAUAAUCUCGUCCAUGGAUCUCCCUACACUCACCACGACGCCAGCACCGUCUCUCUCCCGAGCUCUGUGGGAGAAAACUACGUGGCGAGCACCAGCGUAUCCCCCGCACUGCGCCCCGAGCGCAAGCACAACAGACGCAACCGCAGCUCGGCGUCCCAGGGAAAAGCAAGCAAGGUACGGCCGUCGCCAUUGAUGAAGCCGGCGCAAAGCCCGAAGGUGGAGCCUAUCGGCGCAGGGUCCGUUUCCGUGUGGCAAGCAAAUACCCCGGGCAGUAUGACGAACGCAAAGAAACGCGAUGCAGGCGCGCCGCACGCCUCGCCAUCCCUUGGCGCACUUGAGUCUCUCUCGAGCACCAUGCAGGAGACGAGCGGGAUGACAAUGCCCGGCGCAUUCUCACCGAUUUCCAUGGGCGUGUUUGACCGCGUCUCUUCGCGUGGCAAUGUGAAACAGAGCCGCUCGCGGGGUAAGUUGAGCGAGGAAGGUUUGCGCAGUACAGUGGCCACUUCGAGCAAUCACUUGCGGAGCAACUUUGACACGAACGAAGGCAGUCUUGGCUAUACCCACAGCCCGUCUCCCGUGAACCUGGGCGGCAAUGCCCAGCAGUCUCCGCAAAAACCCGUUACGCCCGGCGCAAUUAUUGGAAUUAUGAACAACCGAUCCCCACAAGCAGCGCCCAUCCACCCUGAGCACAAUGAAUCGAUGCAUAUCAGCAGAUCCGCCUCGCUUAGCACGCCACCGCCCGCGGAUAUGUAUCCUCAGUACAAGCAGGGUACCUAUCCGUCGCAGUCCGCCGCAGUGAAUGCAGUCGCAGCGUCUGCACUGAUGAACGCAUCGCAUGCGCGGCCCGGUCUAUUUUACCAUGGCGCAGCGGGCAAUGUGCCCAAGCCAAUUCUCCCCGGUGGCCUCUCGUCCGAGGACCGACAUGCGUGGAUGAACUUGCGUCGCGUUGGUACCGGCGGCCUUGACCAGCGCCGCUCCUCGCACAAGGCUGCGGAGCAGAAACGCCGCGAUUCGUUGAAGCACUGCUUUGACGAGCUGCGCUGUCUCUUGCCGAUGAUUGUGCUCGACGAGAACGCCCCGGGCGGCUCCGUGCUGGGCCCUGACGGCACCAAAGAGGACCAAGUAACGGAAGGGUUUGAAGACACCGUUUCUUUCGAGGGAGGCGACGCCAGCAGGGAGGGUGCCAAGUCAAGCUUGGCGUCCUUGUCGCCAGAGCAGGCGCACGAAGCGAACCGCGCAAUUGCUAAAGUAUUGUUGCUUCGCCACAGCAACGAAUACCUCGUGCGGCUUAAGCGGCGGAUCGAGCGGCGCGACCAAGCGCUGCACGACCUAAGCGAGGAAGUGGUUCGACUCCGGUCCGCAUUGGGCGUGCAAAGCGACAUGCCCUUGCAUCACCAUGCGGCGAAGGCCGACACGGUGGAUGAUUUCGAAUCGCUUUCUUUGGCCGGCGCAGCACGCGCGCAACCCGGCACGGAGCACAAGGCGUACCAGGAUGACAAUGCUACGCCGGCGCGACAUGGCAUGGACUUGGCUGGAUAG